CUCCGGGGUGGAGGGGGCGGGAGAGAGGCGUGUCGAGCAGCGUGGAGGGAAGUUGUGAUAGGGGCGGGGAGAACAAUGCAAAAGAAAAAGAGGGAAGGGCAGUCUGGACGAGAGGAGAGCGUUUGGGCGGUGAGCUGCCGUUAAAGAGGGAAGCCAGAGAAGAGUAGGUGCUUACGGCGGAAGAAGGGAGAAAGCAAAUCGGUUCGGAAAUGUGAAUCAGAAAGGUAUGGGAGGGCGCUAGGACCGAGCGUCGAGAAGAUGCAGCUUUGGGGACUGCCGGGGCGCGCGGUUGCCUAGAGGUGACGCGACGGUGGCGGAGGUCUCUGGCCGGGACGAAGCACUGCAGGGAGAGGAGACUUGGCUACCCUCAGCCUCGGGUCGCCUCUCCCUGUGCGCUUCCCCGCUUCCCUUCCUUCCUACUAGCCGGGGAUCGUGCUCUGGCCCCGGGGCACCCACCCUUUCCUUAGGCUCCACAGCACCUUCUCCGCCCCGUUGCGCACUCCCGGACACCCCUGCGCAUCAGUGCCAGGUGGUGGAGGCUGGGGGGGGGGCCUGGCCGCUGAUUGGCUGCUGCGAGCGCGGGGCGGGGCGGGUGGUAGUCUCUCGACGUCCGCUGGUCCCCUCGUCUUUCCCGCCAUGUCGUUUGUGGAGAGCGGGCGGCGCUCCGCUCCUCUGCGCCGACGCCUCGGCACCCCUGUUCCGUUUGCCCGGCCGGCUUUUACCGCCUUCACUCAGGGGGACAGUUGGGGUGAAGGUGAAGGGGACGAGGAGGACGGAUGCGACCAAGUGGCCCGCGACCUGCGGGCGGAGUUUUCAGCCGGGGCGUCGUCGGAGCCUAGAAAGGGCUCGCUACUCCAGCGGGACAGGGACGGGUCGCCGGUUCUGCCCGAUAAGCGCAAUGGCAUUUUCUCAACGGUUGCGGGCGGACGAGCCCAGGCCCGGCGGUGGCCUGUCCAGAUCCUCUCAAUUCUCUGUUCGCUGCUGUUCGCCAUCCUCCUCGCCUUCCUCCUCGCCAUCGCCUACUUGAUCGUAAAAGAGUUACAUGCUGAAAAUUUGAAGACUGAAGACGUAGACACUGGGCUACUAGGAUUCUGGACUCUACUUAUAAUCUCUCUAUCUGCCGGAUUCUCCUGUUGUAGCUUUUCUUGGACAGUGACUUAUUUUGACUCUUUUGAACCAGGAAUGUUUCCUCCUACUCCUCUUUCACCUGCCAGGUUCAAGAAACUGACUGGACACUCUUUCCACAUGGGCUAUAGCAUGGCAAUUUUGAAUGGCAUUGUAGCUGCUUUUACUGUAGCAUGGUGCCUCAUGUAAACCUACACCGAAGCAAUAUUUUUGGCAAAACCUAGUCAUGAUUGCUUUGUAAUCACAGGGAAGAACAUCAUUUGCCUACUCAGAAGACCAAGAAACCUGCUGUUCGUUAUGUGGUUCAGAUAUGUAUCAUAUCAUCGACAUUAUGGAGGACCAUCUUUUGUUGUUGUUUUUUAAAGGAGGACCUUCAUAACCAUCAUUCUAGAGCUUAGGCAUUGAGAAUAUCUGAGUAUUAAGUUUCAAGUAAUUUCUUAAAAGUGUAAGAUGUUUACCUCAUCUUUUUACUUUUGUAUGUGUUGUCCUUAUAAAUUAUAGAAAACAUUUUAAUGGAGAUCAAACAUAAAAACUUGAAUACAGGGCAAUGCUUACCUUGCUAUCUAUAAUACUACAUUUUUGCUAAGAAGUACUAGUAGUACUGUUUAACUGAAAUGGAAAUACUUCUUAUUUAUUCAUUAAAUGAGGAAAGCAAACAAUGCCUACUACUUUGACAUUUUAUAGAAGCUACUUUUAAAUCAGAAUAUUUAGUUUUCAGUAGUCAUAUAAUCAGUAGAAGGGUGCAUUUAUAUUUUUUAAUGGGGUAUAGUUCCUUACGCGGUUUUUGGGUUUUUUUUUUUUUUACAUAUUUUCUACUACAUACUGAAUUUGUAUGUUUUUAAAAUUGUUACAUUAGACAAAUGUAAAUGUUAUUUUUUAGUUGGUGCAAACCUAAUACCUACAAUUUUAAAUGAGUAUUUUGUCUUUUAAAAAAAGCAAAACAAAAAAAAAACAAAAACAAAAAAAACCCACCAAAAAAGACAAACUGCACUGAUCUGAGUUUAAAAUUAAAUAAACCUAUUUUAGCAAAAAAGGACUGAAAAAAAAGUAAGUUACUUAAGCCAUUAAAAUAUUAAGAAAUUUGAAUUGUUCACUAUUUCUGUUUCCAGUUGCGAUAUUUGUCUUGGUGUAUAUAUGGUUACUCCAACAGAACUGAUAUUAUUUUGUUUUUAAUAAAUAUAAAUCUGAAAUUUUUAUAUUUAGAAAUGCUUGAACUACUUUGUUUUUAAUCUCAAAAUUCUAGUUACCAAAAUAGAAAGAAGAUAUUUUGAUACAAUGUAUAUAUGUAUAAGUUUUUUAUAUAUAGUUUCAUAAUUUUCCUAUUUAAAUGUUCUAUAAUUGUGGUGUUAGUUUUUGUUUUCAUAGCAAUUAAGCUUAAUUGUUCCCACUUCCUUUCUAAAUACCUGUUUAGAAAGUCGCUCCAAUUUGUAGAAAGACCAUUUAAAAUGCUAUUUUCUCUGGCCAUGGAACAACUUAUCUUAGGAAAGCAUCGUGUAGCAAAACUACUUUAUUCAGGCUAAAUGGGAAAUGAAUAUGUGCAGUAUGUUCCUGUUAUCUGCUAAGUGUUGUUACUGAGUAAAUGAUUUGAUAUUUCUAAAAGUCUUAA